UUAAACAAGUUCACUGAAGUUCGCUUAGAAUUUCGAGUUUUACUCAAGUUUAUUUAUUAAUGUUUUCAUACUUUAGUUAUCAUUCAUUUGCGUGGUAGCAAUGAUGAAGUCAUCAGCUUAGUAGCGGGAUAAGUGUUGUGCUUUGAAUAUCCUUAAACUGUUUUGGAAGCCGCCGCGAUGUGGACAGACUUUAUAGAAUAUUUAAAUGACCCAUUAUUAGUGGUUAAGGUUCAAAACUUUUUUGGUGUCAUUUAUAAAACCAUAUCACAUGAGGGCUCUGCUGAAAUAACUAAUUCAGAAAGGUUAAACAGAGAAAAUGAAGGAUUUGAAUUAAAGCAGCAUAAAAGAGUGCCCAGCAAUAUAUCAAGUAGUUCGCAGUCCUCAUAUGACACGGACACCUCCGCUGAGAGUGCGGGCAGGGAGGAGGUGGUGUGUCACAUCAACAACAAGUUUUGGUACUGGCUGUUUGUUGUGGGAACAGCACUUGGAGAUGAAAUAUUCUAUGUAACUUUCAUACCAUUUUGGUUUUGGAACAUAGAUGGAGCUGUAGGAAGGAGAGUAAUCCUGGUCUGGACUAUUGUUAUGUAUAUAGGUCAAGGUUCCAAGGAUAUAAUCCGAUGGCCGCGGCCCGGGUACCCGGUGCAGAAGCUGCAGCAGAAGUGGGCCGUAGAGUACGGGAUGCCCUCCACGCACGCCAUGGUCGGCGUCUCUAUCCCGUUUUCCGUGCUGUUGUAUACGAUGGAUCGGUACCGCUACCCGGCGCACUGGGGCCUCCUCAUCGCCGUCGCCUGGUGCACACUCAUCUGCGUGAGCAGGGUCUACCUCGGCAUGCAUAGUGUGCUGGACAUAGCGGGCGGGCUGGUGCUGGCGGGCGCGCUGCUGGUGCCGCUGAUACCGCUGGUGGACUGGCUGGACGGCGUGCUGCUGACGGCGCCCUACGCGCCCGCGCUCGUGCUCGCCGUCUCCGUGCUGCUCGUCGUCUACCACCCGCACGCCGACAAGUGGACACCCACCAGAGGCGACACGACGAUGAUAGUGAGCGUGUGCGCCGGCAUCCUGACCGGGUCGUGGGUGAACUACCAGCUGGGCAACCUGGCGGGCAGCGCGGAGCGGCCGCCCUACCGCAUCCUGUGGCCCGGCGCCGCCAUGCUGGGCUGCGCCGCGCUGCGCACCGUGCUGGGCCUGUGCGGCCUGCUGGCCACGCGCGCGCUCGCCAAGUCCGCCUCCUACGCGCUCGUCUGCGCGCUGCUGCGCCGCGACCUGCGCACGCUGCGCGCCUCCGAGGACAGCCUGCACAACGCGCACAAGAUCCUCGCCGAGCUCUGCCACAAGUACUUCACCUACGCCGUCAUCGGCCUCAACACCACCUACGUCUUCCCCAACGUCUUCUACCUGCUGCGCAUCAACCGCCCCACCUACUACACGGAGAUAUGAGCAGCUGCACCUCGCCACACACCACACACCACACAUUCCGCUGCACUCGUAGCUUUAUUUAUUGUUAUUUAUUUACCAGCUUAACAUAAUAGAAUAAAUUUUAUUACAUGUUAAUAAAUAUAAAAAAUUUCGUCCUUAGACUUUCUUAUACUGAACAGUUGUAAUCGAACUAAUCUCACAAAGUUGUUAUUUCUCGCACAAGUUGAAUAUUCGCUUUGCAAUUACAAAUUGUAUCUCAUUCUCAAAAAAAAACUAUUUCUUGUAGAUGUUUGAACAAUGUUAUUUACAUAAGGUCAAAAUGUAAUGUCGAUACACUACAUGUAGAUCGAUACGUCACAAUUUACAAAUGUAUCUUGUACACUUACACUUAGAGCUCAAAGAUAUUAACGUCCUUUGUGUAAAAAAUUGCAAAUAAAUUGUACAUUUUAUUCUGUAUAAAUCAUAGUUUUAGCUGAUGUAUAAAUUAUUUCGUUAUAGGAAUAAUACAUUUUUGUGUUCACUUUAGAAACCAUGUGGCCUUAAAAUAUGUAAAAUUGUAUUUAAAAACAUUGAAC